GACUUGCAACACUGCCAGCGAAAGAAUUGCAUUCCACUAAACAUUCCCAUCUUCCCAGGCAAAACUUCCGAGGCAAAUCUUCCAAGGCGUAUUUUCCAAGGCGAAUCUUCCAAGGCAAAUCUUUCCAGACGAGUCUUGCCAAUCAAACAGAAAAUGGACAGCAACGGAUUCACUCGCGGACUGCAGGCUGAAAAAAUACUCUCUGCUUUUACGGAUGCAAGUGGCACCACGAUGUUCAACAUCAAGUUCAAGGACUCGCCAGUGGUGGAGCAGCUGGCCGCCUGCGAUGCCAACAGGCGCAUUCCACACAUUGUCAUCGAGUUCUACUGGGACCACCUAUCCCUGCCCCUCGAACCCGAGAAGGGGGAAGACGCGAAGGGGGAGAGCCAGCGAGGAUGAUUAUUAAUUAAAUUCAAUUA